UAAAAGCCAAGGUUUGUUUUUCAUGGGUGCAAAGUAUGUUUAAGUGCAUUAACCGAACCGCCCAGUUUAAGAGAUACAUCCACUCAGCAGGCAGCAGUUUCUCUAUCAAGCUCAAUUUUAGGCUGGUGUCAUCCUUGCCUCUCAGAAUGACCGACCCGGCUGUGAACAGGGUGGUUAGUGAAAUCAUUCGCUCUCCGGAAGACAAACGGGUUUACAGGGGCUUGGAGUUUACCAAUGGCCUGAAGGCUAUGCUCAUCAGUGACCCAACCACAGACAAAUCCUCAGCUGCUUUGGAUGUCCAAAUAGGUUCAUUAUCAGACCCAUCAAACAUCUCAGGCCUGGCACACUUCUGUGAGCACAUGCUUUUUCUGGGAACAGAGAAGUACCCGAAGGAAAAUGAGUACAGCCAGUUCCUCAGCGAGCAUGCAGGCAGCUCCAACGCCUUCACCAGCGGAGAGCACACCAACUAUUACUUCGACGUGUCCCACGAGCACCUGGAAGGAGCACUAGAUAGGUAAUGCUCUCCUGUUCA